CAAACCCAGAAGCUGAAGAUUGGACAUAUCCACCACACCUCAAGACUGAAAGUGACAGAGAGACCCCUUAUCACCGACGGCAGAGAGCCCAGUGUCUGAUCUGAAGUUCCUGCCUCAUUCCUUUGUUCUGUGAGGAAGUCAUGAAGACUCCAUUUUGGACCCUGCUGCUCUUAUGCUUGUGCGCUUCAAGUCACAGCGACUGCCAAGGGGACUGCUUAACCUGUGGACUCAUCCUGCCUGAACACCAAGCUUUUAAUACACUGGUGUGUAUCCUGGAAUGUGAAGCACAGGCGUCUCCGGCACUGACCUGGGAUCUGUGUUACCAAGCAGCGGGUUUGAAGCAUCUCCCACUGCCCUUGCAGGACGAGGAAACAUCAAAGCGCUCAGAUGAUGAAGCGGAGCCUGUGGCUACAGUCAGCAUAGAGAAUGACAACGGUGUCGAAUACACGGAGGCUUUAGAGCGCUUUCGACACGCUCUGCAGCCUUCAGAAGAGCUGGAGAAACUCACGGCUUCAUAUGACCCAGACCUCGACCCGCGGACACAGGAAGACCAGGAUGAUUUAGGAGACGAGAAGAGCGACGACGCAGCCGUAAGCGUGUCCAAACGAUUCGGGGGCUUCAUGAAAGGUCGUCACGGUUUACGUAAGCUGGUGAGCUCCGGAAGGCCUUUGCAGAAGCGCUACGGAGGCUUCAUAGGGAUCAGAAAGUCUGCCCGUAAGUGGAACAACCAGAAGCGCGUGAGUCAGCUCCUGCGCCAGUACCUGAGUUUAACGGGCCGGUCAGGUCGCUCGGGUCACAUCAACAGCCUCUCCACCAGAAUCCGGAGACAGAGCGAGGUGUAGGUGGCUGUUAACACAGGCCACGGUCACUUACCUCAUCAGUAACUGUGAACAUCUCCAUCAUGACAUGCACCGCGACCCCAGAACUAAUGUUAGAUGUAAAUCUGUGUUUAAUCAAAGAAGAGGAAUAUUUUGUAUAGCUGGGUUUUUAAUCAUUGACAUUUCCAUGGUGGCGACAUCCCCCCCAAAAAAGCAUCUGUUAGGACGAAUGUUGCUGAUGAUGAGAACUGAUUGUUCAUUUAUCUGAAACUCCGUCAAUUAACCUUUGAAGCAUUGUGAAUACAAAAUAA